AAUCUAUCAAAAAUUAAUUGAGUCCGUAUGAACGUUGACUUGGGGCAUCUUGAUCGGUGCAAAUCUACAGAUCUGAGCAAAAUUACAGAAGGAGCUGAUGAAAGAGGACUAUAAUGCAGCCACGUGUACACGGCAAGAAGACCCAUGUUCAAACCUGCAGGUCAACUCUUUGUCAUCUUAUGCACAGCGGCUAUAAAAAAGAUUUAUUUUUUAAUCUGCGCACAGCUGCCCUUCACCCAAAGAAACGUGUAAAAGGUCAUGUUUUGUUAAUGGGUCAUGUGAUUUUUUUUUCAUCUCAGGUACCAAGUCAACCAGUUUGAGAAUUGAGUGAUCAAUUUCGACCAUUGUGUUAUCCUUAUCUUGCAUUGCCGGGUUCUUUUUUUUGUACGGCCUGGUUGAGUUAUAUAUUAGUAUUGGUCCUGGUAAAGAAUUUGUAAGUAUCAAUUUGAGAUCUUUUUUUUUUGUACGCCUGGAUUGUAUGAGGUGCGGCGGCUUUUGAGAUUUGGGUGUCAGCCAUGGAUUCAGAAAGUUGCGAGCUUGAAAGCAGUGGGAAGAGAAGCUGGUCGGAUUCAUAUUGUUCCAGCCUUCCUCCUGCCAAGAGAUUCUGUAAAAAUAGCAUUUUUUCCUCAGAAAUAGAUGAAGAUGAUGAGUUCAGUUGCAUUGGCGACUUGAUUCAAGUGACCGCCGACUGUGAUUUCUCAGAUGGGAAUCUGAGAUUUUGCAAUGGGUCACCGCCAGAUUCAACACAGACUGAUCUGGAUGAUCUCCUGACGAGCCUGCUGACGGAAUCUGAGACCCACGAUGUGAUUUUUGUGCCAGAGACAGUAAAUAGCUUGAAUGGAGAUCCAGGGAAAAUGGGCUCAACGUCUUUGUACUCAGGGCCGACUCUUCUAGACGUACAGUCUGCUCUGUCGAUGUAUCAUAGAAAGAAGCAAUCUUCAUCCACGACAUCAAUCUCCACUUCGCCCACCAUUUUCGAGUCGUUGCAGAGUGCAAAAUCUCCUCCAUUUUCGAAUUCAAUAAACGAGUUAUUCUUUUCAAGAUUGCAACGGGCUAAAAGCGAGGCAAGGUAUUCACUCAAACGCCCUGAUACUGGCAUGGACGAUGGGUAUAAAUGGAGGAAAUACGGUCAGAAGACGAUUAAGAACAGCCCAUACCCCAGGAGUUACUACAAAUGCACACAUCCAAAGUGCAGAGCAAAGAAGCAGGUGGAAAAGUGCGUUGAGGAUCCCAAAACAGUCACCAUCACUUAUGAAGGCCUCCAUCUUCACUUUCCAUAUCCUCCAUUGCAGAUUACUCAACAACCCAAUUUGAAUUCUUCUCUUCAUCAGCAAUAUAAUAACAUUUGUGGAGAGGAGAAAAACAAGAAAGCAGCUGUGAUAGAUAAUGUCAUUAAUUGCUGCUUUAAAAAUGAAGGAGGUGACCUAAUGCAGUCACCUGAAUCUCCAACCAUUGUAGGCGCCCAUCAACUUCUCAUAAAAGAAAGUGAUAAAUGCUGUGAAUCUAUUGGAUUUAGAGGAGAAAAUAGUGAUUUGAUUGAUGGAGAUGGUAUAAAUGUUGGAGUUGUUGAAGGAGGAGGUGGUGGGUGUUGUAGGGACGGACUGCUUCAGGACAUUGUUGUGCCCUUUCAACUCAUAAAUCCUUCAUCUUCUUCGUCUUCUUCCUCAUCUUUUUCUCCAUAAAGGAGAAACAAUUUCAAAUAGACCAGUCCAAAGAUGUAUAUAAAAAGUUUGUGGUAUAGUUGAUGUUUGUUUUAAUGGAGCUCACCAAGAGACCUGCACUUCUAGUUUAAAACACAUUUAUUUGUUGAAUCUUUGUAGCAAAUUAUGAAAGGGUUUAGUUUUGCAAGGAGCAUGGAAUUGUUUUCUAGUUAAUUAAGAGGUCCCCUUUAAUGGCGUCCGCUAGACACCUUUUUGGCUCAUGUGUCGGCAGCUCAAAAGUUGCUAACUGCAGGCGCAACUGUUGUAGAAAUUGAUGCCAAAUGUUGUAACCUAACCUAAAAGAUAUUCUUUUUCUUAAGGAAGAAUUAAAUAUUUUGAUUGGAG